GGCGGAGCUGUCCGCGGGCUGAGGCGGGGCAGUGGCUGUGGCUGCGGCUACAACCAGAGCCCAGCCCGGGAGGAGAGACCGAGGGCGGGGCAAGAGGGCGGCUGGCGGGCGUUCCAGGCCCGGGGUCCACCUGCCCGGCCGCUCUCCCACCGAUCGGUCGGCGGAGCUUGCGCGGGCCCGGGCCCAUGGCGGCGUCGGCGGCCCUGUCUGCGGCUGCAGCGGCGGCGGCCCUGUCCGGGCUGGCGGUGCGGCUGUCGCGCUCAGCUGCAGCCCGCGGCUCGUACGGCGCCUUCUGCAAGGGGCUCACGCGCACGCUGCUCACCUUCUUCGAUUUGGCCUGGCGGCUGCGCAUGAACUUCCCCUACUUCUACGUCGUGGCCUCCGUGAUGCUCAACGUCCGCCUGCAGGUGCGGAUCGAGUGAGCGCCCGCGGCCACCUCCGGGCCGCGACGAGAGAGACGCCGGCAUGAAGGACCACGGGGUCCGGGGCCGGCGGGACGCGGCAGGGGAACGAGGAGGGGUGGCCUGGAUUACCGGGCCCUAGACCUCAGCGGAGGACAGGGCCACCGAGCCCCGAGCCACGGCUCCGGCCACCCACGUCGCGGCCGGUGACAGACUGCACAGAAACUGGCAAGAACGGGACCGUUCCGUCGAGCUCCAGAAAAUUAUUUGAGUGCAGCCGACCUGUUGCCUCACCUUGGCCGAAGGCGGGGAGCAGAAGGAAGAAAUUCUGCUGCAGGAACGUGAAUGACUGGCCCUGACCGAAAAGGGCAGCCCCCAUGCUGAGGAUCACACAAGAGAGUCUCCUCUGGAUGGGCUUGGAUUGGUCGUGGCUGCGCGACUGACUGCGGACUAGGAGCAGGGCAGAGGGGAGCCAGGAGAGACGCUCACUCAUGCCUACCCAGUCCCACAACUGCUCUGGCAACUGCUUGCUCCUGGUCCACGUACCUAGUGUUCCUGGGACUGAGAAUCACGGCAGCCUGGUGGGCCCUGGGGAAAGAGUGGCCGAUCCUCCCACCAUCUGCCCUCCUCAGCUGCCCAGCUGGAGCACAGGUCCUGGGUGAAGAUCUCUGCCUGCCCCUCCCUGGGGCCUGAGGCUGGUUGGAGACCACCACGUGGCCCCUGCGGAUUCCACAGAUGGGGCCUGAUGGCUUCCUUCCUUGUGCCAAGUGGCCUGGGAGCCCCUGGUCCUGGUGUCCCCUCCUCCACCCCAACCCUGUCCCCCCAUGACCACUUCUGGGAGCUCACUAGCCAGCUGACUCCAUCCAUGGAUCUCCACGGACAGCCUCUGAGAGACUGACAUGGGGCUACGUGGGAGGAGAGGGGCAGGGGAUGAGAAACCUUGGGAAUGAUACACAGAUGUGCCCCUUUUAAGCCCAGGUCUCACCCUCUGGGAGACUCGAUCCCCAGCUCCAGCCUCUUCCUGGGCCAGCCAGGCAGGGAGGAGGAGGCUAAGAAUGGCAUGGGAGAGGCUCUUCACUGACCGUGUGUGAGAGAGUGGGUGAGAGUGUGAGUGUGCCCACGCACACACUAGUGGCUGGGCAUUGCCGCAGGAAUGGAGCCAUUGAGCAGGGUGAGCUGCGCUGGGUGCCCUGUCCUCCCUGCGGAGCUGCCUGGGGCCCAGGAGGCCACUUCUCAACAGAGAGAAAGCAUGCUGGAGCCUCAGGGGCCCCUGGCCUCGGAGCCCCUGCCCCUGCAGAGCGGCCACACCCCGUGGGAGGGGCAGGGGAGGUCCACGGGGGCCCUGGCUGGGGCUGUCUGGGCUCCAAGGGACUGUCCCAGGAAGGUGAGAGUUCCUGUCCCUGCUUUGCUUACCGUUUGGCCUUGAGUCAUUAGCUGCUUCUGCUUUCCCGCCUCUUCCUUGUGCCCCCACUGGGCCCUUGCUGCUUGAUGGGCCCUCCAUGCACUUUAUUUAUUUGUAGUCUGUUUUUUAGGCAGUGAAGCUUCUACAAAAUCAGAGACACUGACUUGAAUAAGAUGACAUUCACUUUUCUGUGAUUAACUGUGCACCGGUCAGCACAGUCAGGGCAGAGAAAUGUUCUUGUUUCAGGUGUUGUCAAAUCUUGUUGUCUGUCUAAGUUAAGAAAAGAGUCCUUUGAGUUCAAUACAAUAAAAUAAACACUGGAGGCCUCCUGUU